AAUUUCAAUUGAACAAUCAUAACAUAAACAUUGUAAGGAACUGAAUAGAAUUAUUAAAUAACUCUGUGAAAACUGCAACUAGAAGUUUUAUAACAACAGGAAUAAGUAGCUUAAGUAUUUAGAAUUCAUAAAAAGCUACUGUCAAAGGAUUUAACAUCAUUAAAGCUGAAAUUCAUAAUUAAGUGCUGUAAACAAAAAAAAAAACAGUAUGUCAGUUUCGAAAUAUCAGCUAUACGAAAACAUCCAUAAACAUUUAAAACCACCUAGUGACUCAGGAGUAACAUGUUUAACUACAGAGAAUUACGAUUAUUAUCAUUAUUGCUGCGAUGGAAUCAAUGAUGUUGGUUUUGGAUGUGGCUAUCGUACAGUUCAGUCAAUAUGUUCUAUGCUGAAAAAGAAGCUCAACUCAGAUAAGUCAGUUCCUUCAAUACUUGACAUUCAAAAGAUACUAGUGAGAAUCGGAGAUAAAGACGAGAGAUUUCUUAAUAGUCGUAGCUGGAUUGGAACAUUGGAAGGAUCCUACAUAAUCGAUGAAUUGUUUAAUAUUCCGUGCUACAUUAUCCACAUUUCACAUGACAAGAAAAUUUCAUCUAAAAGCUCUGACAUUAUGAAAUAUUUCAAAGAACAAGGCGGUUUAAUAUUUAUGGGAGGUGACAGCGAUGCUACUGCAAAAAUGAUAACUGGAAUUCACAAAGCACAAGAUGAUAAAUUGUUCCUUCAAGUUGUUGAUCCGCAUUUUAGUCAAAUACCGAAAAAUCCUCAAGAGAUUGUCAACAAAGGCUAUGUGAAAUGGUAUGCUGAAAGUGACGACUUCCUUGAGAAUUCAUUCUACAACUUGUGCAUGCCUAAAUUAAAAUGAAUAACCGUUAUGUUGAGAAAUUUGAAUUUUUCCCGCACUUUACAUAAGUUCUGUAAAUAACACAAUUCAAAUAUAAAAAACCCGUU